AUGGCUUCUUUGGGGUUCCGCGAUUGUCUGCGGGAAUGGGAAGAGCUGCAGCAGCAUUACAAUGAGAUCCAGGAUACCCAUCGCUCAUACAAGCAGAAGUUGGAGGAAUUAACAAAGCUCCAGACACGGUGUUCUAGUUCUAUUACACGUCAGAAGAAGAAGCUAAAAGACCUAUCACUAGAAUUAAAGCAGGUUAAAGACAGCCAAGAAAAUGAGGAAGACCAAAUUAAAGACAUACAAGAAAUCAUUAAGCUGCGGGAUAAAACAUUCUUUGAGAUGGAGUCCUUUUUACCAAAGAAAAAUGGAUUAUACCUGAGUCUGGUAUUGGGGAAUGUGAAUGUCACUCUUUUAAGCAAGCAGUCUAAGUUUGCUUACAAAGACGAGUAUGAAAAAUUUCAAACUAUACCUAACCAUGAUCCUAAUGGUAUUGUCCUUUAUGUGUCGUUUUAUACUGAACUCCAGGGUGGGAGAUGCUGUGUUUAACUUUUUAUUGGUUUGGUAUUACUGUACACUUACAAUCCGUGAAAGCAUUUUAAUCAAUAAUGGUUCCAGAAUUAAAGGCUGGUGGGUCCUAAACCAUUAUGUAUCCACUUUCCUCUCAGGUGUCAUGUUAACCUGGCCAGAUGGAUUAAUGUACCAGAUGUUCAGAAACCAAUUCCUUUCAUUUUCUAUGUAUCAAAGUUUUGUUCAGUUCUUGCAAUACUACUACCAAAGUGGUUGUUUGUACAGACUACGGGCUCUUGGGGAGAGGCAUAACAUGGACCUUACUGUGGAGGGUUUUCAGUCCUGGAUGUGGAGAGGAUUGACCUUCCUUCUGCCAUUUCUCUUCUUUGGUCAGUUCUGGCAGCUCUACAAUGCAAUCACACUCUUCCAACUAGCCAGGCAUUCAGAGUGCAAGGAAUGGCAGGUAAUAAUGUGUGGUCUCCCUUUUCUUGUACAUUUCUUGGGAAAUUUCUUUACAACUCUGCGAGUCGUCCACCAGAAAUUUCAGAAACAAACUGAAGAACAGAAGGACAAGUGA